CUUCCACCUUCCACCUUCCACCUUUCAUGCACCAACGCUCUCCACGCACACUCCCUCCUCCACUUCUCCAUCUCCCCCCGCUGCUUCCUUCUUCCUCCUCCCUUGCUCCAUGCUUCCAUCCCAGUUACAAAGGGUCCACCUUUUAAUCCACUCCUUCCCCAGACACCCCCACCACAACCACCGAAACCAAAACCAACAACCAGCCCUCCGCCCUCUUUGCGCUCGUUUGCUCCCAUCUCAUGUCCAAGUCCAUGUCAACUCGCUCAUCCAUCCUUAUUCUCCAUCAACAGCAAUUAUCUUCCACCAAGUAGCACCAGCCUCUCCCCCAUUGACCGACCCCAUACCCAAAGCUGAACCCGCAAAAGAAAGCGCUCCCACCCUUCUCCCCGCUUUGACAACCUCUCCCCCGAGCCCAAUUCUCCUUCCCCGGAAACUGGCAAAGGGCGAGAAUAACUCCUUCCCCAUCGACCCUCCACCACUGGUCGCGAAUUGAGAUGAGCACAGCCUAAGUUCCAUCCCACCUGCCUCUGGCGAAACUGUGUGCGACGUCCCACAGUGGCCGUCGCCCGCCCCUCAACCAACUCGAUCACGCACCCCCCCGCACCGCAGCGCAACGCCACGACAGUCGUCGCCAUGACGGGCCUGUUCAGCAAGUUCAAGACAGGCACCGGACCGUCGAGUCCGGGUCAGAAUGCGAAUGCGUCGAAGAAGCAGCAGGAGCCUGUGGUGGAUUUGACGCCGCUGGAGAAGAUGUUGCUCAAUGCUGGGCCUAUCCGACCAGACGGGAGUGACAAGUUCUUUGGGAUGGAAAAUUUUGGGAAUACCUGUUACUGCAAUUCAAUCGUUCAAGCUCUAUACUACUCCAUACCAUUCCGAGAACAUGUACUACGAUACCCCCCUCAUUCGCCUCACGACACCCCGAACGCAAACCCAAAACCUGUCAUAUCGAGCUCCAUGAACGGAGGAGCAGUUCACCCACAAACCGCAAAAGGAUUAUCGGCAGCAGAAGCAGCGAAGCGGCGAGCGGCCGUAGUGGCAACGCCACCUCCGCAGGCGCCUCCAGGUCAGAUUAGACCAGAAGAUAAGCCAGACUCGCCAGAGUAUAAAAAGAAGCAGGCCAUGCUGGCAGGGCCUAUCGUUGAUUUGACAUACGAGAAUGCCCGUCAAUACGGCAUGGAGGAGUCCACCUUCACGGCCUUGAAGGACAUUUUCACGACGCUCAUACAGUCACAAACGAGGAUGGGUAUACUCAGCCCACAGAGGUUUUUGGAGAUCUUCAAGCGGGACAAUGAGAUGUUCCGCACUACUAUGCACCAAGAUGCACACGAAUUUUAUGGAAUCUUGCUCAAUGCUGUGAUUACAAAUGUGGAAGAAAAUGCAAGAAGACUAAAAGAACUAGAGCCGCCCAAGUAUGAAGAAGUUAUGGGCGAUGGAAUGAUGUCGGCUUUUGCCAAUUCUGCGUCGGUGAUGGGCCUGUCAACUGGUGCUCAGUCCCCUGGGACCGGAUGGGUUCAUGAUAUCUUUGAGGGCGUUUUGACGUCUGAGACUAAAUGCCUUACUUGCGAAGCUGCGUCCCAGCGAGACGAGACGUUCAUUGAUCUGUCAAUCGACUUAGAACAGCACUCGUCGGUCACGUCCUGCCUCCGCAAAUUUUCUGCGGAGGAAAUGCUGUGCGAGAGAAACAAGUUUCAUUGCGAUAACUGUGGUGGGCUGCAAGAAGCUGAGAAACGCAUGAAGAUCAAGCGGCUGCCGAAGAUCCUGACGCUACACUUGAAGAGAUUUAAGUAUACCGAGGAUAUGACGCGUCUGCAGAAGCUGUUCCACAGAGUCGUAUACCCAUACCAUUUACGUAUGUUCAACACGACAGACGACGCAGAGGAUCCGGACAGGCUGUACGAGCUCUACGCCGUUGUUGUGCAUAUUGGAGGAAAUGCAUACCACGGUCAUUACAUAUCAAUUAUCAAGACACAAGACAGAGGCUGGUUAUUAUUCGACGAUGAGAUGGUCGAGCCCGUUGAUAAACAUUACGUGCGCAACUUCUUUGGCGAUAAACCGGGAAUGGCAUGUGCAUACGUCCUGUUCUACCAGGAAACGACGUUAGAAGCUGUUCGCAAGGAACAAGAGGCCGAAGGCGUCGCGGAGGUUGCAAUCGCUACAGAAGAAGCGGGCAUUCCCACCACGCAACCGCAGACGCCCGGGGCAAACGCAGGCCUUAUCUCGAGGCAGAUGGCACUGCCUCCGACACCGACCAAGGACGAACUACUACCACCCCUAGCCCAGGCACAAACGAACCCCACACUAUCGACUUCCCCUGAAAUGCACCCAGAGGUGCCAGACACAAUAGCACAGUCCCUACCAUCGCAAUUCGAGGCGCCGAAGAAGGCCGACCGCGCAGCCGCGAAGAAGGACAGCAAGGAUGCUGAGAAGGCGAGGAAGCACGCUGAGAAGGAGAGAGCUGCUGCUGAUAAGGAGAAGGCCAAGGCGGACGAGAGACAGAGGAAGGAAGUCGAACACAAACGCAGGGAGGCGCAGAGGACGCAAGCUGAGGCCUUGAAGAAUGCGAUGAACGCGAGUAAGAUCUCGGCGGCUGAGGAUGAGGAGAAGCGCCGGCGCGAGGCUGCGUCGUCGUCGUCGGUGGGGUCGCCGGCGAAUGGACCGUCCGAUAGCAGCAGCAGCAACAACAACGACAAGAAGGAGAAUGGCUUCAUCAGUGGUCUGACCGUCAACCGCAACAGGCCCGGCGCGAAGAGCAUGAGUCGCCGGUCGCUGGGAUGGCUCAAGCAUGACUCCGCGAAGGGAGAGGUGGCGGUGGAUGGCGAUCAGGCUAUACCGCCUAUCCCGGAUCGGUUGGCGAAGCCGGCGAAGGAGAGGUUUAGCUUUAGUUUGGGGAGGAAGAAGAGUAAUCUUACGCCGCCAUAGUGAUGGAGGGCGGAUUGGAUCGGAUAGUAGGGGACGGGGGGGUGUAUGCAGAUGGGUCUGGAGGUGGAAUGGGGAAGUACAUAUAUUGUGAGCAUGAGACCGCCAAAAAGUACGGGAGGGAGGGGUGUCUGUCUGCCUUGUCUGUUCUGUCCGCGCUGUCAAACAUUGCCGCGCAUUUCAUGGUCGAGGCGUCGUUGGACAUACUUUUGAGUGUACAGCAUUUUAUUCUGGAUGGAGGGAGAG